AUGCUCGCCGGUACGAGCUGGCUUGCAGCUCUCUUAGGGCUUAUCAUUGUCUGUGCGGUCGCUCUCUAUGCUCUCAUCGACAGCAUUUGCAUUUAUACGUCUUCAGCGACUAUCCAUUUGUGGGUGACCUCCUAUCAAAGCGGCUUCACGGCUCCGGAGGUCGUUCCCCAGAGGAAAGUGCAUGGAUCCAUUGAGCAACCUGACCUGCUCUUGCUCAAUGUCUGGACCGGAACGGAAGUCCCACCUUACCUUACACAAGUAAUCGACCAUAUUAGUCACAACCCGUCAGUAUCACUACUGUUGAUCGCAACCGAAGAUUCUGUGGCACUUUGUCCAGCUCGAGGCGAGUCUCCCUGGCAUUCCUACGCUGACAAUGUUCGCAUUCAAUGUCUCAGUCGUUCCGAAAUCUAUCGCUCGCUCGCUGACGGCAUGUGUAACGUUUGGGCUUGCGACAGAAUGCAAUACCGAUCUGUCCGACAUGCAGUACAGGAGCUCCUUGAAAAGAAUCCAUACCGGAUGAAUGACAUGAAACCGAUCUAUGCCUCUGCAUUUGGACACUUGGUUCUACAAAGCUUUCCUGACCACACGUUUUCACACUGGAUCAGGCUGGACCUUGAUGUGGUCAUUGGGAACUUCCAAUCAAUGUUUCCAUGGGAAUUGCUUGACUACGACAUCGUUACCUUCUCUCCACAGCUCAACAAAGAUGCGCGUGAACUGGUCAUGCGUGGCUAUUUUACAGCAAUCCGCCUGUCAGAAACGAUGAACGCAGUUUGGUCGCGUAUGACCAAGUUCUGCAGCCCCGAGACAUUUGUGCACGAGUCACGGCUACCAGGAUUCAAGUCAAUUGACGAGGGGCUGUUCUCCAAAACAAUCCUGGAAUCUCCUGAUAUCAGCUUCAUCAUCGUACCUGGGUUGGUGACCAAUGACGACGAUAUCAAGCUGUCUCUGGAUCACAAAUUCAUCCUCUCUGGCGACAGCUCCGAGAUCCUACUCGCGGAGAAAACAUCGCGCUUCAACGGCCGCGAGACUUUGCUGCUCUCGACUGGGGCAGAUGAUCGACCACCUUCAACUCUGCGAGACAUCUUUGCUGGGAGUCGCGUUCUCGUUGACAAAGUCGAGCUGAGCCCAAAUUGUCCAUUCUACUACUGGAUACCCGAAUCAGAUCGAUUGUGUUUGGAUGCCACAAAGGAAGUAUUGCCACCGAAUGCCCACACUGGCAUCGUCGUCCAAAGAGAGCCUGGCAACGCAGAAAUCACUGCUGUCCUCGUCCGGGACCCUGGAAGUCUAGGAUUAGGGUCGGAAGUACGCCGACAACUGGCCAUGCAUUACCUUUACAGCAAGGUAGAUGCCGUCGAAGAAUUCUUUGGUGGCCCGAAAGGACGGAUUUUAGCAAACGGUGAGCGUCAAGAGGUUUGGUUUGAUCCACGCCGUGGUAUUUAUCGCUCGACUUACAAGCCGUCUCAUUUUUGA